CGCUACAUACAUACUCCCUACCAAUGGCUGGUCAGAAUCCGGCCGUCCUUGAACGUCGGUGAUGGAGGACAUCAUGACCUUGUAUGUAUACUGUCUCACUUCCAUGUGACUCUCACUGACUCUCGGAUCUUGUCGACUCAACUUCUUCAAAUCUCUUCUUAUCUUUGAUCUUAUUUUGUGAUGAGUACGAUUGAUAACAAUUGCUCGAAAGUGAGGAGAGCCUUGAGGGAGGUGAAAAAUAAGAGGCAGCUGGAAGAGUCAUAAUGGGAGCAGUUCAACCGAAGUUAGACUGGUGUUGUUCGGCCCUAUUAACGAUUCUCAAGACAUCAGCGACCAAGUAGAGACUCCCACAAACGACGACGAGCUCGUCUUUAUUCCUAGCCAUCGAGACAGCGAGUUGUAGUGCUUCGAUCGGGGAGUGGACGGCUUUGAUAGCCGCGUGAGUGGGAGGAGAAUGGAGGGGUAGACGGUUUUGAAAGUGGUUGGCAAUGAGAUCGGGAGGGACCGGGUGGACCCAAUCCAUGUCCUCAGGGGCUGAGAAGGUAGUGCUGACGAGCUGGACAGGCCAGGCCGAUCUGUCGAGCCCGAGGGCCUCGAUCAGGUCCGCGGGAUCCCUGGGGGAGCUGAUGGCCAUGACGAGAGUGAUCGGACGAUGGAGUGUGCUGAUGUGGUCUCCUAGCACUUGGGCCGACGCUCGGUUAUGUGCCCCGUCAAGUAACAGCUGGGAGCCUCGGUACUCGACGAGCUCUAAUCGGCCGCGCCAGCGAGUCUUCUGGAGACCUUCGAGGAUCGCUCGGUCGGUCACUUUCUCAGAUAGGGAGGGCAGCAGCUUCAGUGGAUGGUGGUGCGUUCGAAGCAGCUGGGCCAGUGUGGCCGCAGUGGCUGCAUUUUGAUGCUGGAAGCCGGCAUCAGGACUUAACAAGUUCGCGAUCGUCGGAGACGAGUGAGUUGAUGUAUCCCGGUCAGUGUAGUCGGAAGACGAAAGAUACUCCUCGAGGGGCGUCAAAGGUAAUGGUGGAAGUGGCUGUUGGCUGGGAGGCUGAGGGAGCGGAUAAGGACGGACGGAAAAGACAUCGCACGAUUCGGCUGAUCCUUUAUUGCGCACGAUCUCCCGGACCUCUUCGAAGGACUGCUGGGCGAGAAGGAUUGGGACGUUCGGCUUGGCGAUGCCAGCCUUCUGGACAGCGAUUUCGGAGAUGGUCGAGCCCAGGAAAGCCUGAUGGUCGACCGAGAUGGGGGUGAUGCAGCUCAGCAGGGUGUUCUCAGACUGACAGAGGUUCGUCGAAUCCUUCUGACCGCCAAGACCGACUUCGAUGAGUGCAAGAUCGAGCUCGGAUUGCGGUCUGGCGAAGAUCUCGAAGGCGAUGGCCGUCAGCAGCUCGAAGGAGGUGGGCUGGUCUAUCCUGUUCCGGUCGAUUAGCCUCUGGAUCUUUGAUUUUGUAUCCUCGAACGUCUUCCGGUCGAUGUUGUGUCCGUCGAGGUUGAUGGAGUCGGUGGGAUCGAGCAAGAAGGGGCUGGUGAACCUGCCGACCCGGUAUCCUGAGCUCCGCAAGAUCUCCGCCUCGUACGCACACACCGAGCCUUUCCCGUUCGUCCCGGCCACAUGGAUGAUCGGGAUCCGGAGCUGGGGGUGCGCCAGACAUUCGAGCAGUCGGCCGAUCCGUUCCAGGCCGAGUUUGAUGGCCAUCUUCCGAUUUUCCUAGGAGCAGUUCUCCCAGUCGGACUUUCCUAGAUAUAUCCAGCUGUGCAGCGAGGCCAUCGACUGAUUAUAUGCAACACUCUUCUUUCCUUCUUCUUCUUCCUUCAUCAUGGGCAGCAUCCCAGAGUCAGACACCCACCUCAUCACUCGCUUCAGCCAUCCAUACUACUUCCUCAGACUACUCGCCUGCUUCCCCGCCCUGCUCUACUGGCUCCUGGUCUCCAUCCCAAGCCACUCCUCCUCAGCCCAACAGAUCAGAUUCCUCUGGUCCUCUCAACUCACCCUGACCAUCCCGCUCAUCGCCGUCCCCGUCUUCGUCUUCUUCCGGCUCAGACAGGUUCGCAAAAAUUUCAGUCUCCGCUCGCUCUGUCUUGAAACUCUCCUCGACACUUGGCUGGUUAAUUUUGUGGCCUUCAAUUUGGGCUCGUUGGCCUACCUAGGAGGAUGGGUCCCUGCGAUGACUUACUUGACCUGCUUGAUAUCAUUCGGUGUGAUAUGUCCCAAACCAGCCUAUCUAGGUCCGUCUAAAUUGAGAGUCAUGAGCCCAGAGACUUUCACUACCGAAAUCUUAAACCGAAAUUAUUCAUCGAUCGUUGGGUUUUCGGCAGGCGAGCUAGUGGAUCUGAGUCCCGAGAAAUUGCAAGCCGAGGUGCUGGAAGGCUCGAAGCCGAAGUCGAAGGAGCACUUUUCCAGAAAGAAAUGGGUGAUCUGGCCGAUUUCCGAGUCUCGAAAACGCGCUCAAGUCGGCUUCAUGGACAUGGAGAUCAUCCUUGCCGAUCUCUCGCUCCGAUUCAAAGAUUCGGAAGAGGAGGAGAUCGGAUUCGUCAUCUUGGAGAUGAAGAACUCGAAUUCGUUGUGUGCAACUCUUAAGAUUUGGUCGGAUGAUGAUUCGGCGGCUUCUCCAAUCCUGCCAGAAGUGGACGACUUUGUCUUGCUACAAUAUCAAGCCGGAAGAGAAAUUAACAGAUUACCUGCUCGUCAACUUUAUAACGAUAACGGCUCAGAUAGUGAAGAGGAAGUUCCAGUUCAAGACUCGCAUUCUAGCGUUACUGUCGUCUGGAGUCAGCAAACAAUCCUCGAAGCCUUCAAGUUGAAAUGAAGCCAGGUCUGGCGACUUUUGAAAACGAGCACUCUCACCGUCAAAUCAAUCGAUCCGUGUCCGGAUCCAUCAUUACAAGACUGAGUAAUCACAAAUGAGCUCAUCCACUUGAAUUUCCCAUCUUUUCCCUCCUCUCUUGUAAUCAAUAUCGUCUUUGUAUCCAAUUUGACUCUCUCAUCAUCCUAUCGUGAUAAGAUGGGCCUGGCUUUAGUAGCCUUUGUGCUUAUUGAAUCCUCUGGUAACUUAUAAGUAGGAUUCAUUCAUAACUGGGGACGGAAGCCCGAAAAAGGAGAUGAGAGAAACAAGUGAUGGUUCUAAGUCAAUACUACAGUCAAACCUGUCUAAGGGCAUACCCCUUGG